AUGGAUGAUAUUAACAGGAAUACGUUUGAGCGACUGAUCAAGGAUGAUCGAGCCAAUCGAGACAGCACGAAGUGGCAGGGAACAUUGAUCGAUUACCUUGAAAAAGUCCGGGAGAACCCGGGCAUGACCCGGCUGUCACACAAUCGUCUGUACAACAUGAUGACCGCCCAGGGCAUGUCGGAGAUCACCGAAUCCGAUGAUCCGCGGGUCAAGCGGCUGUACAAAGAUGAGCCGAUCAAGGUCUAUAACUUCUUCAAAGAUGAAUUUUUUGGCAUUGAGCGAACAGCCUCACAAAUAGUUCGCUAUUUUCAUUCGGCGUCGCUCAAAGGCGAAGAGAGCCGCCAAGUGCUAUAUCUGAUGGGGCCAGUCGGAUCGGGCAAAAGCUCACUCGUUGAAAAACUCCAGCGGGGUUUGGAAGAAGCUGAGCCGAUUUAUGCCAUUGCAGACUGCCCAAUGUUUGAGGAGCCGCUACACCUUAUUCCGCGCCAUUUACGCAAAGAAUUCGAGAAGAUGUUGGAAGUGCAGAUCGAGGGAGAUUUGUGCCCCAUUUGCCGUCAUCGACUCAAGGAAGAGUUGGCGCACGCUAUGAAGAAUUCCCCAUCGUCAAAGUGGAAUUUUCCAAGCGUAAUCGGCGGGGCGUUGGCGUUGUCCCGCCGGUUGAUCCCAAUAACCAAGAUACGUCUGUAUUGA